ACCAACAUGAGUGCAGACAAUCUAGUCGAGUUCAACGCCCAGCACGGCGUGCUCAUCUGCCGCGAGUGCCACUACGCCAUCCAGAAGAGCGCGCUAGAGAGCCAUCUACUACGGCAUAAGAUCUACCGCGGCCGGCGACGGCGACUGUUGGCUUCGCUCGCUCACUUUGACGUGCUCGACCCCGACGACGUGCAGCUCCCGCCUGCCGGCUCUCCUCCGGUUAUCGGACUGCCCGUCAUCGCCGGCUACCGAUGCACGGCCGCCGGGUGCGCCAGUCUCUGGGCCAGCGCGAAGCGCAUGCAGCGCCACUGGAGCGAGACACACGGCGUUGGCGAUUCCACUUCGGACGAUGUCGCUUUUUCCCGGCCAGCGAGUCUGCAGACGUUUUUCAGGGGGACCAAGCUGCGGUAUUUUGAGGUCGUGCUCCACUCUGAUGAUCAAGACAAGGUUGACCAAGCCCCCGGUGCCGUUGUCGAUAUUACCGGCAACAACCCAGCGAGACAAAUCGAAGAUGAUAUUACAGGCAGCACUCCGGAGCUCGGAACAGCAACAUCGCCAGACCUGGAAAUGCUGACAUAUUUCCACUACUUCACCACCACCACCGGCUUGACGCUCCCUGUCUCCAGCACAGGAUGCACGCGGAAGUACUGGCAAGCCGACGCCGUCGCGCUUUCCCUCCAGCACUCCUGGCUGGCGUGCGGCCUCCUCGCCAUUUCGGCAAGCCACAUGGCCACCGUUUUGAACAUCAACCGAGAUGGGACGAGCGUGAAGGGACACGUAGCCCAGUCAGCGCGGUAUUUUGAGCAAUUCUCAGCCGCGGCCCGGGUCGAGCUGAGGAAGCGUGACAGCGACAGCAGAGACGCCCUCAGGCUCGGCGCGCAGAUUUUGUGCAUACAGCGCUGUUUGAGCUUGCUCUCGGCACCAGCCCUCGGAGAAGAGGAACACCCGCAGCAGUCGCAUCUUCUUCAGCUGCGCUCUUUAGUCAGAGCAAUCCGUGGCUGCACCGACGCAGACUUUGCUCUCCGCUGCUGCUCUACCAGGGGAAGUAACGAUGAGGAUGGUUUAUCUGACGAUGACGAAAUAUCAACACCGGACGAGGGCGCAGCAGCUGAAAAUAUUCCAAUUAGACGAGAGCCGAUGGCAGCAUCCGCGGGCGGUACAAAUUUGAAUACGGCCAUCAACAACAACACGCCGCCCGCGCUGGCCAACCACUUACGCACGCUCACGUUCCGCAUGUCGACGGCAGUGGCCAAGCCCGACAGCGCGCUGGAUUUCUUCGCCGCGCUGGCCGCCGUCGACGCGCUGGCCGAGUGCUGCGCCGUGAGCUACAAGCCCUCCGCAAACGAUGACGACAGGCCGGCCGCGACGUGGGCUGGCAUGGCGGCGUGGUGGGCGGGCCCCACGAGCAGCGUGUCGGACCACUUCAGCGAGAUGGUGUGGCGGCGCAACGCUGCGGCGCUCGUCGUCGCCGCACAGUGGUCGCUGCUCGUCGAGCGCGCCGAGCGCCAUUGCUGGUUCCUAGCCGGGGCGGCGGCCUGGGUGCGGCGUCUGGUUGUCAAGCACCUCCCCGACGACGCUGGGAUUAGGAGCCUGGUCGAGGAUCUUCCUGCCGUCUGA